GAUCGAGACACGGUCUCCCUAAAGGACGCAGCAGGUGCAGUGUCAUGGGCAGAGAACGUGAUUGCACCACACGUAGAACAAACUCAGGAGCCCUGCCUGAACCGCCAAGCACAAAAUGACUCAGCAGAAUGGAAUCGGAGCCUCGACCGACCACCGUGUCCACUCGGAGGCCUCCAAGGCCUUGGAGUCGGCCAACGGUGUGGAGUUCGACGAGGUGCAGGAGGUCACUGAGACUGAGGAGGGGGGGAAGGGGGGCGAAAGCCAAGACCCUGUGGUUGUAGCAGGGGCAGCUGCAGCUCCUGAUGGUGGUUGGGGCUGGGUGGUGCUGGCUAGCACCAUCCUGGUCUUGUCUUUGACUCUGGGUUUACCAGCCAGCAUGGGAAUCUUCUUCACCGACCUGCAGAACGAGUUUCUGGCGUCCAACAGCGAGACGUCCUGGGUGACGUCCAUCAUGACGUCAGCGCUCCACGCAGGAGGUCCCAUUUCCAGUGUGCUGAUACACAAACUGGGCUGCCGGGAGACGGUCAUUUUGGGCGGAGUCCUGAGUGGCGUGGGAAUGGCCGUCAGCUCGUUUACCCGCUCCAUCACCGAACUUUACAUCACGGCUGGAGUUAUUACAGGACUCGGCUUCUGUUUCAGUGUCCAGCCGGGCGUGACCAUCCUGGGGCACUACUUUGUGCGUCAUCGUGCGUUUGCCAACGCCAUGUCCUCCACGGGCACAGCCCUCGGACUCUGCAUCCUGCCUGUCCUGGGAAACUACCUCCACACGGAGUACGGCUGGAGGGGCAGCUUUCUCAUUCUGGGGGCCAUCCUGCUGAACCUCUGCGUCUGUGGCGCUGUGAUGAGGCCCCUCGAACCCAAAAGGCAUCGGGGCCAGCCUCUGAUAAAUCACAAACCUCCCCCGUCGGAUCAGGAAAAUGAAAUGAAGCAAAACAGGACCGUAUGGAAGUACGUGGCGGCCUCCCUGAGAAAACACAUGGCCUUCGAUCAGUUCUGUCACAACCGGCGUUACCGUGUGUACGCCAUAGGCAUCACCUGGAUGAUGCUCGGGUUCGUGGUGCCCCUGGUGUAUCUGGUUCCUUUCGCCACAUCAAACGACAUGGAGCCACGCCAGGCUGCUCUCCUGCUCUCCAUCCUGGGGAUCAUCAACAUCAUAGUGCGCCCGCCGUUUGGCAUCGUUUUCAACAUGGCCUGGUUCAAAGGGCGACACAUUUACGUGUUUUCUGCCGCUUUGCUGGUCAACGGGCUCAGUAACAUUAUCUGCUGCAUUGGGGCUAGCUUCCCUGUUCUGGUGAUCUAUGUUACCACCUACGGGCUUUCCAUGAGCGUGGUGGGCUCGCUGAUGUUUACCGUCCUCAUGGACAUCGUGGAGAUGAGCCACUUCCCUUCCGCUCUGGGUCUGCUGGCUGUCAUGGAGAGCGUCACGCUGCUGACCGGACCGCCACUGGCAGGAAUCCUGGUGGAUCGGACCGGACAGUAUUUCUACGUCUUCAUCGCCUGCAGUGCCGUCGUCGCCUCCUCCGCCAUAUUCCUCAUGUCGGCGUUCCUCUGGCUGGACAAAACGGAGGAGAAGGCGUCAAAGCGCGGUCAGCCGCCCGCUCAGCCCGACCUGAAGAGACCCGCGACCAACGCCUCUCCGGGCUGCCGGUACCGCAGCGUGCCCACGGACGGAGACCGAGACAAGGCUGCACCCCACAGGUCGGAGUACAUGACCAGCGUCUGAACCGGACCGUCGCCGUGAACCAACACUUCCUGUCAGACAGGAGCUAGAUGCUAGAUGCUAACGGGAAGCUCGCACUGCUUGACCAAAGUUAGUUACCAAAACGAACAGAUGUGCUCUUCAAACAUCAGUCCUGUUGAUCUGUCACACAUGAGGCACGGCGUGCGGCUCGAGCUCUUUGCCACGUUCGCCGCAGGCUCUUCUUCUCGUUUCUUCUUCGUUCGUGCCAACGAAGCACUUUUCAAGUAGGAGCCGAAUCAGAACGACAUCUCCGUUCAGCUCAGACUCCGGCAGAGGAGCUUUUAGUCUGUCAAAUAAGUGCAUUAAAUGAAAAUGUGCACCUUUUGUUGACAUUUUUGCACAAACUCUUUAUCCUUCAUGAAUCUAUAUCUCUAAAAUAACGUCUUUAUACCAAAACAAGCGCACAGAACGUUUUAGGUAAUUUAUUUCAAAAGGAGAGCAGCUGGCACGGUAAUUGACUGAACCUUGACUCGUUGUAGUUCGAAUAACUCGUAGGAUAAUGUCCUUCUGUCUCCAGUGAGCAUUUGUCCUUUCUUCCGUGCAGAACCGCCUCACGUGCGAGAUGUUAAGGAUCGUCUUGCAUGUGUUGCUGACUGAAAAUCAUUCAUAAAACUAAAACAGACAUUUCAACAAAUCCGCAUUUCUCUUCAACAAACCAGAUUUCAUAGGUUUCCAGGUCUCAUAUCAAGUUGAAACACCAGUUUUAACAAACACGAUCUGAGAAAACGACACCCUGAGGGGAAAGAACAAAUCAUAGCACGUCCACCUCCGUGUUUUAACAUUGAUAUGAGCCUUUUGUCUUCAUUCUGCACAUUGUGCCUACAGCACCUUUCUGUUUUAGCUUUAAACCCAGAGCAGAUGUGUUUGAACUGUGACAAUCUUUGAGUUAAUUUUAACAACAAGCACCUUUUCUCUGCACAUCUGGACUCAGUCCGGCGACCAGGAUGAGACGUUCUGCUCAAACGUGCAUAGAUUCAGUUGUUUCUUCAAAAUAAAAUAGAACAAUGUGAGUCGUGCAGUAACUGUUCAAAUUAAAGGUUCUUCCUGAUAAAUCCCAAGAGACAAAAAUACUUGAAACAAAUGAGGUUUUACCUUAAAUUUACAGAACUAAUUUUUGAUAAAAAUGUUAGUAAAACAAGAUCAUCUGUUAAUGCUUUAGAUUGCAAAAGCUUGAGGCAUUAAAAUAAUUAAAAACUGUAUAAAAACAUCAAAGUUC